AUGAAGCUCCUGACGGCCGCGCUGCUCCUGCUCUGCAUCGCCCUGUGCUUGGCCAGCGCCGAGGGAGUAAAGUGCAAAUGCUCAAGAAAAGGUCCUAAAAUCAGGUUCUCUAACGUGCGGAAGCUGGAGGUAAAGCCCCGGUACCCGUUCUGCGUGGAAGAGAUGAUCAUCGUGACGCUGUGGACGCGGGUGCGCGGCGAGCAGCAGCACUGCCUCAACCCCAAGCGCCAGAGCACCGUGCGCCUGCUCAAGUGGUACCGAGUGUGGAAAGAGAAGGGCAGGGUUUACGAAGAAUAGAAGGAAACAGCGCGGGAACGGACCAGACUCCUGGCUCGCCUAGGACUGGACUCUGCAGAAGACAAUUUCUYUCACAGACAUAAGACACAGAUUCUAUAUUAUUAUAAAGCACUUUUUACCAAGGGUCAGUUUUUACAUUUUAUAGCCGCGUGCAAAAGGCUUCCAGAUUUCACAAGCAUCUCUUGCACUUCCGAUUUCACACCCGUCUGCUUUAUACCGAGACCGGGAAAACUCACGCUUUUCAUCUCAAAGAGGUCUUUUUUUU